UCCCCUCCUCAGUCUGCUGCGUGCCCCACAGAGGCUGCCUGUGCCAAGAAACACGAUUGUGCAGCCUAGUGACCGGCCUCGGUGACUCUGACAACCUUCUGCUUCGAGCUAACGAACGUGCUGUUUUGCUUCAGCCAUUUGAAGCUCGCAUGCUUGGUACUGAAAGCCCCAAGGAAUUGGCAGAACAGAGGUAUUUUGUUAUACAAGCGAUGGAAUAUGCAAAGUGUAGAGCAGUGGUUGAAAGGAUGUCACAGGAGAUGUGAUGGGAAGGACUGGAUUACUCUGGGGGUGAAGUGUGUACCACCCCCACCUCCUAUCAGGACAGCGCCAGGGGAUCGGAGAGCCCAGCGUCUACCAUGCGGUUGUGGUGAUUUUCCUCGAGUUCUUUGCCUGGGGGUUGCUGACCACUCCUAUGUUAACGGUGUUGCACCAGACUUUUCCUCAACACACGUUCUUGAUGAAUGGCUUGAUCCAUGGAGUCAAGGGUCUGCUGUCUUUUCUAAGUGCCCCACUGAUCGGUGCCCUCUCUGAUGUCUGGGGCAGGAAGUCCUUUCUUCUCCUCACUGUCUUCUUCACAUGUGCACCAAUCCCUCUCAUGAAGAUCAGUCCCUGGUGGUAUUUUGCUGUCAUUUCCAUGUCUGGAGUCUUUGCUGUCACCUUCUCUGUGAUUUUUGCCUAUGUUGCUGAUAUCACUCAGGAGCAUGAACGGAGCACGGCUUAUGGUUUGGUUUCAGCCACUUUUGCCGCCAGCCUGGUCACAAGUCCAGCAAUUGGUGCAUAUCUGUCCCGUGCCUACAGUGACACGCUGGUGGUGGUGCUGGCUUCAGGUGUUGCUUUGCUGGAUAUCGGUUUCAUUCUGCUGGCAGUCCCAGAGUCGCUGCCCGAAGAAAUGCGCCCUGUAUCCUGGGGAGCCCCUAUCUCUUGGGAACAGGCCGAUCCAUUUGCCUCACUCCGCAAAGUGGGCCAAGACUCCACGGUGCUUCUCAUAUGCAUCACCGUUUUCCUCUCCUACCUUCCUGAAGCCGGCCAGUACUCCAGCUUCUUCCUGUACCUGCGACAGGUCAUUGGAUUUUCCUCCGAGACUGUAGCAGCCUUCAUCGGGGUAGUGGGAAUCCUCUCUAUAUUGGCUCAGACAGUUGUGUUGGGGAUUCUCAUGCGGUCAAUAGGAAACAAGAAUACCAUCCUCUUGGGAUUAGGCUUCCAGAUCCUGCAGCUUGCCUGGUACGGCUUUGGAUCGCAGCCUUGGAUGAUGUGGGCUGCAGGAGCGGUGGCUGCAAUGUCCAGUAUCACGUUUCCAGCCAUUAGUGCCAUGGUGUCCAGAAACGCAGACCCUGACCAGCAGGGCGUGGUCCAGGGGAUGAUUACCGGAAUUCGGGGCCUUUGUAACGGGCUGGGGCCGGCGCUCUAUGGCUUUGUCUUCUACCUGUUCCACGUGGAGCUGAACGAAAUGGCUGAGGUGGAGACCUUGGGAAAAGCCACGAAGCCUAACAUGGCCAACCCCACCGAUGAGAGUAGCAUCAUCCCAGGGCCCCCUUUCCUCUUUGGAGCCUGCUCUGUCCUGCUGUCGCUCCUAGUGGCCUUGUUCAUCCCAGAACACAACCUCGCGUUGAGAUCAGGCAGCCACAAGAAACACAGCAACGGGGCUCAGACCCACACCCACAGCCCGCAGGCUGGAGGAUCGGAUGGCAAGGAGCCUCUCCUAGAGGACAGUAGCGUAUGAGGGUGGGAGGGAAGAACUUGAUUCACUCACAUUUCAACUCCAAACCCAGGGUGGACUGUACCAGUUGGAGAGUGGAGGGGAAGGAGGUAACGGACUGUGCACCACUAGCAGCGACUGAAAGGGGAGACUGGCGUCCCUCCCAAGCCAGAUGCAUCCAGCUGGUGCAAAAAAAAAAAAAAAAAAAGGACUUGUACCAUCUGGUGCUGAUGAAGGAGGGAGAAGUUGGACUGCGCCUGCGAAGGGAUAGUUCUUCAAACGCCAGCCUAUGUGAAUAGUGAACUUCAUGGUGUAACCUGCCAAAUAUUCAACUUGCCAGUGGAAUAAGUGAGGAGCUAGAAUUCUACCCUGCUCUUUAAUAUAAACUAAAUGAUCCAACCGCCAGAGUAAAACCAAUGCCUCUGUUACGUGCCCCAUUCCCUUUUAUAUAAUCAGAAGUAGCCACUGGCCCCAUCACAGCUUGAUCAGCUAAACCACUUCGGGCUCAGGAUGGGAGGAGGGUAGGAAGCCUAAUCCAAUGCUGUACACUCGCCUCAUGCUGAGGAUACAGAGUGGUCUAAUACACUAAAUAGAGAGCAGUGUGUGCGUGUGUGUCGAAUAGGCCACGCAGCCUCCGGUCAAGGUAGAUCUGAUGAAUUUGCCCAUUCCAGCCUAUGAGAAACAGACCGAAAAAGGAAUAUUUUAGUAAUGUCCUGAAGGAAGGGACAAAAGAUGGAAAUAGUUGCUGGUGACGCUGCCUGUAGGUCAAAUAGGACAGGCUGAGAGGUGAAAGGGCAGUUGCGUGAGUUAAAAGGAGAUAGAUGGUCAAGCAUUAGCUUGUUUUGUUACAGCUGGACUUUGCACAAUAGAGGCUUCUUGCGUGUGGUACCCUCUUCUCGAGGGGGAUUGAGGCAGUUCAAAAGGAAAAAAACCCCCCCACCUCACGUGGAACUGGCAAUUUAGAAAAUGUUUCCCUCAAGGAAGUGAGAGCCAUGACCAAAUCCUUGUUAAGCACUUUUAUUAAAGCAGUUGAUUUAAUAAAAUCAAACUGCUGCCAUUACAACUGAUGAUGGCUCUCCAUAAGGUACUGGUCAGAUGAGGUGCAGCAAUUCUGAUCAGCAUUAUAUCAUGGGUCAACCUGAAGGGUCCCAGCAUGAAUCUCGCAGUAGGUUGGGAACGCAGUAGUUUGAAAUCCGGUGGCAUUUCUAGACUUUUAGCAGAGAGUGCCACUUGGUGAGGCAUGACAGCUGAGCUCGGGUCAUGCAGCAGCAGAAUGAAGCAAAGGUACAGGAACGCGUGCGCACGCAAUAAGGAACCUGUGUUUCGCAUGCGAGGAAUGCUUGCUAUUUCCCAGUGUAUAGAGGGGCAUUACAGAGGGCAGGAAUCGAUUCUCAUCGGUCAGUGAGGUCAAAAUCAAAAUGAAAGAGAAGGCAUAGGGUAAAGAUUAGGGUAAAGGUUAAAUCCAAGGACAUUUAAACAGGAAACUCGUUGUUAAAGGAGCUGUGGAUUCAUUCAUUCAUAAGAAUCCUUCAAACUACAACAGGUCUGAUGCUGUAGAGCUCUCUGGAAAGGAGAGAAGUCCGCCAUCCAGUCAUUCUGGUUGGGGUCAGUCGGCUCUUAGCACGGGUUUGUAGUAAGCAUUGAAUGGAAAGAAAGGUCAAGAGCAAUGGAUGCUACAGGUAGGGCAUACCAGUUAGCCUCUGGGGUCACUGGGAGCAGAGACAGGAAGUCGGGGCUGAGUCGAGUAGGGAGGCACAGCAUGGGUCAGCUCUGGGUGCUGAUGCAACGUCCAUGCGUCAGGACUCGAAACACCCACUUAUUUUGGUGAGUUUAGAGCUAGGGAAAGGUGCCAGUGGUUUGCCUUGGAGAUUGAAAUCCUCUUGCCACACUGUGGGCCCAAGGAUGGGGACCUGUGCUGCAUGCUCCCCCUCUGCCCUGCCAAUAUACCUCAACCCCAUCCUGGAGGGAGUGCUGCUAGGGAUGUUUUGGGGGGUGGGGGAGGGUUUGUUUUCUGGGGGUUAUUUGUGGGGACCAGUUAUUGUCAAGUUCUUGUCAUGUCAGCAGCUGUUUUCUAGAAGACGGACUGAGGUCCACAAAGUGAGUCUUAUAGGUCAUGUCAAAGCGCUCUGCUAGUAACAGCUUUGAGUCGCUGUGUAGCUAGAUUGGGCUUGAACUAGUGACUUGGUAUCCAUUUACCUAUGCCCCCGAGCCAGCCAGUUGUUUGUCCAGAUCUGUACACAUAGCCCACGUGCCCGAGCGCAGGCCAGCUGCCUCCAGUGGUGGAAGGGUUUGCCCACAUGGCUGCACUGUGGGACAGGAUACAAAAGUGGUGGAGAACUCCACUUGAGGCUGGCAAACAGAGUCAGGAAGAGCUUGCUGGAUAGUACGGCAUACCCAUUCGUAGAGGAAAUCAAAGCGCUUAAAGCCGUUUCUUAUCCAGAAAUCCUUACUCGGUAGAUCCAGGGUAAGUGCAGUUGCGAAGAAGCCAUUUUGCGAGCACGACAAAGCGAGGCUGCCCACCCCGAUUGUCCAUUUUGUAUUACAGUUGGGACAGCUGUUUUCCCUCCCUUCGUCCACGCACACAAAUUAAACCUUGCCUCGUGGACAUUGAGGUUCUCAGAGGUGCCAGGUAAAGUAACCAAAUCGCCACAGAAUGAACAGACCUAAUUUUUUUUAUUUUAUUUUUUUUUAAACCUGUCCCUUUAUUUAAUUCCCUUACCUUAAAUGUGGCAUUUCCUAAUCCCGUUUCCCUUCACCGUUGCCGCUGAUUGUGGCUUUUUCUUAUUCCUUCGCUCCACGUGGACGGUGAAAGGCGUCUCGCUCAGUUGUUUCACUGAUUGUUCCUCUUAACACAAUGAGAUGUUUGAGUUUCCAGGGUUUCUCAAACUCCUGCAAUAGUGUGCUUUGAGGCUAACUCAAAAACCCAACGCUUCUUCUUAAUUUUUGUAGCAUGACUUGGAUCCAUCCGUUUUGGGCCCAAAAGACAGUAUCCCCAUAGGUAAAACAAGCUACCGGCUUGAGGUGCUCUCCUUUACGAACGAGUUCUGCACAGAAACGAAUUUCUGUGGCUCGGUCUGGACUCGGAGGUCUUUACAGCAUAACUUCUAUGGUCAAGGAUCUGAUUUCUUUUUUUUUUUUUAAGUAAAUAGUUAUGCUUUAAAAGUCCUAGUGUGGAUGUAGUUAAACUGGUGUAAGACAGGUGACGUUGGUACAGUUAUACCCUUUAACGAGAGGGUGGAAACUAUCAAUGGAAAGAAUCUUUUUACCACUAAAACGGCAUCCAUGCUUUGGAGGUUGUAUUGCUCCAACUGUACCGGUUGGGUUCAAAUGGUACAAUGUCUAGCGCAGAUCUGGCCUCGGUGACAAUGCUGCUGAACGGCUUUGGAAACUUGAAUGCAAUGUAGCGGCAGGGAUAUUUGCAUCCCCUGGGAGAUCCCACUGACCCUCGAGUAGUGAAGCAGACAGGAAAUUGUUUCCAAGUCUUUGAAAUUGGAUCUACCUUUGCACUCACCUGGGGAGGCUGCCCCAACCUCGUCCCCUGACUCCUUCCGCCUUCAUGGGUAGGGAUACGACCCGCCGUUUUGUCUCAACAGAACGCGAAGGAUUUGGGGCCAAGCUGUAGAGGAGCCAAAAUUACUGGACCUGAAUGAAGAAUGCCCUUAUUCUGAAAGGCCGGUAAUUUCCUGUAUCACUUCUCGUGGAGACUAGAAUCUGUACAGAACAUUUAGACUACUUUUGCCAAUUUUUUUGUUACUUUCUAUGGAAAAGCUAACUAUUUUUAAAAUAGCCUUUUUUUUAACCCCCCCCACCCUUGACCUGCAGUGUGAUACCCAGCGCUGGCUGGCUGUCCCGUACUGACAUCUCCAAUAGAUCAACGCCGUCGUAUCGCAGGUGGGCAAGCAGUGGCAAACUCCACCGUGGCUGGAGCAUUUUCAUUCUGGUGCCCCCUGUGAUAUGAGGCAAAGAUCACUUAUUUGGCCUUCUACAGUUCCAGUGUUCAUUGCAGGCAGUUCAAGUGAGUUUAAAAACUGAUAUUGUUGGAUUUAAAAAAAAAAAAAAAGUCUGUUCUCACUUGCCUUUUAGUUUUGCAGAAGGAUAAAUUUUCAUUUAACCGUUCUUGGGUUUGUUCUGUUCUCUGCACCGCUAGCGUUCCUGGUGACAGUUGGAAGGUCUUGUAUAGGGGAAGGUCCACGUAUCCUGAUGAAGAAUUCUUAAAUUAACCAAGUUUACUAUUGCUCUUGUUCUUUUGUGUUUCUUUUUCUUUUCUUUUCUGUUCGGCUAAUGACGAAAUGUAUUUAGUUUCUUUUAGAUUGUGUUUAGAACUGGCUAAUCUCUCCCAUUCGUGGGAUAUUUAUUAAACUGCUACUUUCCUGUU